CCCCCCCCCCAACGUCUUUCUGGAACCCCUGGAGCGGGGCGAGGGCGAAGACGAGGCUGAGUGGGGCCGGAAUCAUGAACCGGAGUUUCCACAAGUCUCAGACCCUGCGCUUCUACGACUGCAGUGCGGUGGAAGUCAAGAGCAAGUUUGGGGCUGAGUUCCGAAGGUUCUCCUUAGACCGCCAAAAGCCUGGGAAGUUUGAGGAUUUCUACCAGCUGGUUGUGCACACGCACCACAUCGCCAACACCGAAGUGACCAUCGGCUACGCAGACGUGCACGGCGACCUGCUGCCCAUCAACAACGAUGACAACUUCUGCAAGGCGGUCUCGAGCGCAAAUCCCCUGCUCAGGGUCUUCAUCCAGAAACGAGAGGAGGCCGAGCAGGGCCUGGCGACCGGCUCGCUCUCGCGGCGCACCGUGUCCUCCAUCAUCGACGUGGACAUCCUGCCCGAGACGCACCGGCGUGUGAGGCUGUAUCGGCACGGCUGCCAGAAACCUCUGGGCUUCUACAUCCGCGACGGCAUGAGCGUGCGGGUGGCGCCGCAGGGGCUGGAGAAGGUGCCGGGCAUCUUCAUCUCGCGCAUGGUGCCGGGGGGCCUGGCCGAGAGCACCGGGCUUCUGGCAGUGGACGACGAGGUGCUGGAGGUGAAUGGCAUCGAGGUGGCGGGGAAGACGCUGGACCAGGUCACGGACAUGAUGAUCGCCAACAGCCACAACCUCAUCGUCACGGUCAAGCCGGCCAACCAGCGGAACAAC